UCCUUCUAUAUAUACAUCAACACCAAAGUCUUCUCUUUUCCAUAGCCAUUUAUCUCUUUUUAUUCUCCACCAUGGAUUCUUUUACCUGCUCAGCCUCAGAGCUAGCCCCUCUCCUCUCCACCACCACAAACUCCACUGCCGCCGCUGCUUACCUCUGCUCCAAGUUCACCACCAUAUCCAACCAGCUUUCAGACACAUCCUAUGCAGUUAACAAUACCUAUCUCCUCUUCUCUGCCUACCUAGUCUUUGCCAUGCAACUGGGUUUUGCGAUGCUCUGUGCAGGCUCUGUUAGGGCAAAGAACACCAUGAAUAUAAUGCUAACUAAUGUCCUUGAUGCUGCUGCUGGUGGUCUCUCUUACUAUCUCUUUGGCUAUGCUUUUGCUUUUGGAACUCCUAGUAAUGGUUUCAUCGGUCGCCAUUUCUUUGGUCUAAAUGAUUUCCCUUCUCCUUUGGGUGACUACAGCUUCUUUCUUUAUCAAUGGGCUUUUGCCAUAGCUGCUGCUGGUAUUACUAGUGGCUCUAUUGCAGAAAGAACCCAGUUUGUUGCUUACUUGAUAUACUCAUCUUUUUUAACUGGUUUUGUUUACCCAAUAGUUUCUCAUUGGGUUUGGUCUGCUGAUGGUUGGGCCAGUGCGUCCAAAUCUGAUAACAAUCUUCUAUUCGGGUCCGGUGCAAUUGACUUUGCUGGUUCAGGUGUGGUUCAUAUGGUUGGUGGUAUAGCUGGCUUAUGGGGUGCUCUUAUUGAAGGUCCACGCAUAGGCAGGUUCGACCGGUCUGGUCGAUCCGUCGCCUUACGUGGCCACAGUGCUUCGUUAGUCGUGCUCGGUUCGUUCCUCUUAUGGUUCGGUUGGUACGGGUUCAACCCGGGUUCAUUUUUAACAAUCUUGAAAAGUUAUGGGGAAAAUGAAGGGUAUUAUGGUCAAUGGAGUGCUGUAGGAAGGACAGCUGUCACUACCACAUUGGCUGGAUGCACAGCUGCACUUACAACAUUAUUUAGCAAAAGAUUAUUAGUUGGUCAUUGGAAUGUAAUUGACGUUUGUAAUGGUUUAUUAGGGGGUUUUGCUGCAAUCACCUCCGGGUGUUCAGUGGUAGAACCAUGGGCAGCAAUCGUAUCAAUCGUAUGUGGCUUUGUAGCAUCUUGGGUUUUAAUUGGGUGUAAUAAGCUCGCAGAGAAGUUUAAGUACGAUGAUCCACUAGAAGCCGCCCAAUUACACGGCGGCUGCGGGGCAUGGGGCCUACUAUUUACAGGGUUGUUUGCCACCAAGAAAUAUGUCAAUGAGGUAUACCCUAACAAGCUAGGGCGACCAUAUGGAUUGCUGAUGGGUGGUGGCGGAAAGCUGUUAGCCGCUCAGAUCAUUCAGAUCUUAGUGAUAUCGGGAUGGGUAACGGUGACAAUGGGCCCACUAUUUUACGGGCUUAACAAGUUGCGGUUGUUGAGGAUCUCAAGUGGAGAUGAGAUGGCAGGCAUGGACUUGACUAGGCAUGGAGGAUUUGCUUAUAUUUACGACGACGAAGAUGAUCCAUCACUUAAACCUUCAUUUAUGAUGAGAAGGGUAGAGCCUACUAGUGAAAGCACACCAAAUAAUCAACAUUCACCAACUAUGAAUGUUUGAUCAAAAUUUCUGUCACUUUCUCAAGAAAUUUUUUUUUUUUUUUCCAUGUGAUACAAAAUACAUAAAGAAAAUAAUUGAGUUGUUUCUAGGAAUUAAUCACCUGCAUGAUGUAUGAUAGAAUGCUAUAGCUGUUCUUGAAAGGGAGGGAAGGAUAUCAAGUGCAAGUAAUAAGUUGAGGACUUUUAGUUGUUCGCUUAUGCGUAUAAAAAAAAAAAUCAAAUUUGUACAAAUUGAUCGGUUGCUUAAGCAGUUUUUCCUAAUAUAUCAUUUAUA